UUUUUUUUUCCUUUAGGGUUUAAGCCAAACACACACAUUCUAGAGCGAAACCCACACCAUGGCUCGCCCUGAUGCUUCCGAUGCUCUUGCAGUUAGAGAAAAAGUUAAACAGAUUCUUGAUGCUGCAGUUGCUGGAAACCUUGAUUUCUUAAAAAGUGUAGCUUCACAAUUAGAUGAAGGUAAAGGACUAUCGCAAACCGUAGCGAGUAUUAAGGAUGCGAAUAAACGGGGUGUUCUUCAUUUUGCGGCGAGAGAAGGGAAGAUCGACGUUUGCAAGUAUUUGUUGGAGGAAUUGAAACUUGAUGUUAAUACUAAAGAUGAGGAUGGUGAGACACCUCUUAUUCAUGCUGCAAGACAAGGGCAUACCACGACAGUCAAAUAUUUUAUUGAAUAUGGUGCUGAUCCUUCGUUUUCGAGUGAAUUAGGAGCCACGGCUCUUCAUCAUGUUGCCGGAAUAGGACAUAUUGAGUUGAUGGAGUUGUUGAUAUCCAGUGGUGUUGAUGUUAAUUCACAAAGCGAGUCUGGCACCCCACUGAUUUGGGCUGCUGGUCAUGGACAGCAAGAUGCUGUAAAGCUUUUAUUAGAACACAAGGCUGAUCCUAAUAUUGAAACUGAUGAUGGCAUUACUCCUCUGCUGUCAACUGUGGCUGCAGGCUCGCUUCCAUGUUUAGAGCUAUUAGUUGAGGCAGGUGCUAAAGUAAAUAUUAUUGCUGGUGGAGCAACUCCACUGCACAUUGCUGCUGAUAUUGGUAACUCAGAAUUGAUCAUGUGCUUGCUAAAAGCUGGUGCUGAUCCCAAUAUGACUGAUGAGGAUGGUCAAAAGCCAGUACAAGUUGCAGCUGCGAGAGGUAAUCGGAAUGCUGUUGAGAUACUUUUGCCCUUGUCAUCUCAUGUUGAAACUGUUAAAGAUUGGACUGUCGAAGGUAUAAUCAAACAUAUGCAAUCUGAAGUUGGCAAGAGACAGGAAUCAGAAGGAAAUACAAGAGAUGUUAAGUCGCGAAGUGAUAAUACCAUUCCGGCCAUAAAAAUGCCUGAGGUGACAUCGGAGGCAAAGAAAAAAGCUGCUGAAGCCAAAGCAAUAGCAGAUGAUGCUUUCAGACGGAAGGAAUAUGCGAUGGCUAUAGAUUCUUACACUCAGGCAAUUGACUUUGACCCGAGUGAUGCUGCUUUGUUUUCUAAUCGGAGUCUAUGCUGGUUACGCCUUGGGCAAGCUAAUCAGGCAUUAGUGGAUGCACAAUCCUGUAAGGAAUUGCGGCCCAAGUGGGUUAAAGCUUGGUAUCGAGAGGGUUCAGCUUUGCGUGAGAUGAAGAAGUUUGAGGACGCAGCAAAUGCAUUUUAUGAGGGAGUUACACUUGAGCCUGAAAAUAUGGAGCUUGUAAAGGCUUUCAGGGAAACAGUUGAAGCCGGGAGACAAUUUCAUGCUAUAAACAAGGAAAGGAAUGGUCAAUGAUUGACAUCAACCUCUCAAGAAUGCAUUCAGACAAGCUAGGAUAUUGAGAUAGUCGUUUUUAUUUGGUAGUCUAUUGUAACUUAAGGGGUUUUCCUGGGAAAAUCUUAAAUUUUUUCUGUGCUUUGAUGAUGGCUGUGAAAGCAUGGCAUUUGAUUGCAGUAGAUAUUGUACUUUAAUAUGAGGUAUUAUAUACGUCUUCUUUUUGUUC